AUGGCUAUGGUUAAAACCCCUGUGCUGAAAGUUAUAUUGUGUGGUGAAUAUGGUGUCGGAAAAAGUUCGAUUUUUCGUCGAUUUAUUAACAAUACAUUUGUUCCUAACUCGGAUAGACGUUCUACUUUAGGAUUGGAUCACUUUGAAAAGCCAUAUCAACUCACAGACAAAACUGUAAAGUUACAACUUUGGGAUACUGGAGGUAUGGAAAGAAUUGCUUCAGUCACCUCAAGCUACUACAAGUUUGCUGAGGCAGCAAUUCUUGUGUUUUCACUUGACAAUGCAUCCUCAUUUCAUGUUCUGAGCCAACAUUUAUUAGACAUCGUGACUUACGCAGAAAAUGCUAAAAUAUUCCUAUGUGGAAAUAAAUCAGAUUUGGAAGGUUCUUCUCCACAAGUUACUGAUGCUGACAUUGAAACUUUUUGUGAACAGUGCCACAAUCUCAUCAGCACCACUUAUAAAACUUCAUGUAAAAAUGGAACAGGCAUCGAAGAAAUGUUCACAGAUAUCGCAAUGCAACUUGUAGAGUCUAAUAGAUCAAGAAUUGAACUACAAACCUUGGACCACAACAGUUUCAAGAUAUCAAAUCCUGACCCAGUAGAUGAGCCAUCAUGUAGUUGUUGA